AAACAUGGAUUACGUUAGUUGUCCUUAUGAUCCUGAGCACAAAGUCCAUGGGACUGAGCUAAGAAUGCACCUUAUGACUUGUCAGAGAAAAAAUGCACCUGAAAAGCCAGCAAGUAAUCAGCCAACCAAAAAGAAGACAAAAUGGAUAGCAUUGUCUCUUAAAAAGGAAGCAGAGGAGGAACAAAAGAGGUUGGAGCGAGACAUACAAGUAUUUGGUUUGGGGAAACAGUCGCCUAGCCACUCUGUCUACCCCGGGAGCAAGGCCGGUUUCGGAAUCCCUCACCGCCACAAAAGUGGACCAGGGCAGCCCAGCUCCCCUGCUUCCCGCCAGGGAAGGGGUCACCUGAAUCCGGCGAGACCCUCCGCCAUUCCAGUCUCCCGCCACUUCGGGUGCCAGCGGCUGAAGAGGUGGACUGACUGCACUAGCACUGGUCAGUACCAGCCAUUCGCGUCCCCCCUUUCCGUAGUUGAUGGAUUUGCUGUUCCACUGGACCCACAGAAUCCUGAUAGACUUAUACCAUGCCCAUAUGAUUCCAACCACCAGAUAAGAGCGUCUCGUUUUCCUUAUCACCUGAUAAAGUGCAGGAAGAAUCACACUGAUCUUGCCAACCAGUUGGUCACCUGUCCUUUUAAUGCCCGCCAUAUGAUAACUAGGGGUGACCUGAGUUUCCACAUUUCCAGAUGUGAAGACAAAAGCUGCAUUGAACAAGACAUUGUUGAUGAAAAGAGCAUGUACAAGAGAGAUGUGAGCCCGAGUCGAUGGAACUCUCCUCCGUGUGAUGAGAACUGGGACAAUGAUUUGCAGACUGAGCCAGCCACUUUUGUAUGGGGUACACCUUCCUAUCAAGCACCCAGUACCAGUACUCUGAUGGAUCCUAAAAAUAGUCUUGUUUCUAGUCUACGUGCUCCUAAAUCUCUGCCGUAUGUCUUGCCAUGGAAAAUAAGUAAGUAA